AAUGCUUAACGUCAAACAAGUUGGCUUUACCCAACUAGAGGGCAUGGGUAUUUACUUAAUUGCUAAUCAACUGACCUGACCUAAUAUGAGGUUCAUCUAAAUUUCGAGCUGCCUUUUAGAGGUGAGUUUGACUCGAUUGAGUGUUAGAAACCCAAAGCAUCAUUAAUCAAUAUUCGAUAUUUCGCGUUAAUUUAUUCUAAUUUUACUGAUGACAAUUAAGAUAUCGAUAAUGCUUUUUAAGCAUUUUUAGAUAUCUAUUUGAAAUUUUACAACCUCAGAUAUCUAAAGCACAGUCAACAUUGAUAACGUUUCAUUUCUUUCAGGGACUGGCUAGUUUCUAAAAUGCGAUUUUACAGCUUUUUUAAUAUUCUUACUCUAUUCAUUAUUCAAUAUUUUACUGGGUCUUUUAGCCUGAGAAUUCUUGGAAUCUGUUCAUGUUUCACGGGUCAUAUAACGCCAUAUUCGGGGAUUUUCAGGGCACUGUCGGCGCGGGGUCAUGAUGUCGAACUGCUUAUGGGCUCGGAUUGCUGUCAAACUAAAGUUGCUGAUAUGUUCAAAAAUGCGACCAAGUGUUUCAGUGUCGAUAUUUUCAACUCAUACCGGAUAAAAGCCGACAGUCAACUUGGCGGUCUUCUCAAUGUCAAGCAACAUUUUGCCGAUAACGGAACUAAAAUCGCGUUUGAUUUAACGCAUAAAUUUUUAGAGGAAAACGCAGAUCGGUAUGACAUAAUAGUGAGCGAUUUCAUCCAACUAGGGUCAUAUAUAGCUGCAGAAUUACAUAAUAUCCCAGCUGUUGUGUCAUAUUUAGGCCCAAUGGGUCUAACUCCACAGAAUCGGCCAGAUGAACGAUCAGGACUGAUUUACCUUCCCGAAACUACUUUGCCAGACGUUGUCAUAAGUGCAAUUGAAUUCUUAGGCGAAAGUAUUUUCCAAUUACUUGUUUCGGAUACUGUUUUUGAAAUGGUCCAUCAAAUAAAUUCUGAAUUCAAAAUGAAUCCCAAGUUACGCAACUCUGGCAUUAGCUUUCAUCUUCCUUUCACUUAUUAUUACACAUUUGCUCCAAUUAUUCAUAUGGGUCCAACAGAUUUAUUUUUGAUCAACCCUGAAUUCACAAAACAAGUGAACAAUGUACACAGCGUAGGGUUUGUCCCCGAUAAAUCGAGUUUCAAAAAAGUUCAAGCGGAUGUUCUAAACUUCAUUAGUAGUUCGGAGAAACCGGUGGUGUACAUGUCUUUGGGAACAGUUUUCGAAAUGGAGAGAUCGAAAUUGGUAAAAGUACUGAGGGAACUGGAUGAACAAGAACAGUUUUCUAUAGUCUGGGCUGCGUCCAGUGAACACUACACACAUCUGUCUACGCUGGAACUGAAGAAAUCGAAUGUUCUUUUGGUGACAGGAGUGGCUCAACUUUCGUUGCUGAUGAGGCAACAAGUCAAAGUUUUUAUCACUCAUGCCGGAGCCAACUCUCUUCAAGAGGGAAUAUUCUCCGAAACGCCUAUGCUGGUUUUCCCUGGAUUUGGUGACCAACCUGCAAAUGCCCUUCAACUGGUCAAACAGAACUUGGCCUUGCCGCUAGUGGAGCUGACCUUCAAAGAAAUAUCACGCAAAUUGGACUCUAUUCUAGAUUCAAACACCUAUUCACACAUGAAGAAGAGCCUCAAAGAUUGCAAAGCAUUGAUGAUUUCAUUUGGAGGAUUCGAAAAAGCCGCAGACAUUGUUGAACAAGUUCACGCAGGAGUGAUCAAAGUAGUUGAUCCACCACCUUUAGUUGACCUGGCGGCUGACAUUUACUUCAAAUUGUACACGAUUAUGGUGAUCGUUGUUUGUGGAACUUUUGUUUUCUGGGUAGCAUUGGUAAGAUGUUGCUGCAAACGACUGCAAUCAUCUAAAAGCAAGAGCGAGUAGUUUGUGCUCAGUUAGAGGUUCAACUGUUCUAUGAUCGAAAUUAACUUUUAAAACUAUUUAAAAAACCCAAUUAACCCUUUAUGCUUAUAUAACUCUCCCAAAAAAUUAAUAAGUCGUAACAACUGGCAUUUGAUUUAUUUUAAUUGAGUAAUUUAUCCGUUAUAGCAAGGUUUGUUUUAUGAAAACUGAAAUUAGAAUGUAAGAAAUUU